AUGCCGAGAUUGCGUCCUACAUUCUUACCAAGUCACCCAAACAACACAUACCAGAUUAUCGAGGGAAAGGAUUUAAAGAUAAACUGUACAGCUAUUGGUCCACCAACACCAACCAUCACGUGGGUGAAUAUAUCAGAUGAUAGUGUUCAUCCCAAGAGCCAUGGAUCAGGAAGUGCUGUACUGCAGAUAGAUAACAUUAAACGAUACCAUGCUGGAGUAUAUGAGUGUAGGGCCAACAACAACCCAAACGAGACUGCAGCCACUAAAAGGACAAAGGUGACGGUCAACUAUCCACCAAAAAUAACACAUUAUAGUGGUGAUAAGACUAUUAAUGAAGGUGGCGUGAUAGAAUUACAUUGCUUGGCAUCUGGAUGUCCUAAGCCAAAUAUCACUUGGUCAAAGAAAGGAGGCUUUUUGCAACAUGGUGGUAGUUUGAGUAUUCCUAGAGCAACAAGAAACGAUACUGACAAUUAUACUUGUACAGCAAAUAAUUUUUAUGGAACUGAUCAACACCAGGUUAAAGCAUAUGUUUACGUAACAGUCAGAUAUCGACCAUCUAUAGUGUACUGGACAAAAGACCAGAUUAUCAAUGAAACAAACCCUAUUCAUCUGACAUGUAAAGCAGAUGGUUAUCCAUCACCAAACAUCACGUGGACCAAGUCACCAGAUGCACCUCCUGUCACUAGAGGAAAUGAGUAUAACAUCACGUCAGUUGAGAGAUCUGGUGCAGGGACAUACACGUGCACUGCUAAAUAUGCUGAUUUAUUAUCAUUUUGUGAUUCUUUUUUAGACAAGCCGACAAUUUCAAAAGAGCUGUCUAGCAGUAAUAGUACUUCCUGGAAUGGCAGACAGGUGACUCUCAAGUGUAUUGUCAGUGAUGGAUUACCCACACCAGAUAUCACGUGGUACAAGCCCAGUGGUCAGGAAAUAACAACUGGUGUCACAUCUAUUGCUAAAGGUAGUCAAGUGGUGAUAACAACGAUAGAUGGUGCAGACUAUGGAUCAUAUAAAUGUAAAGCAACAAACAUCGCAGGAAGUGUUGAACAUCUUAUCAAUGUGACUCAGUUGUUCCCCCCAGGUGCCCCUAAUGUCACGAUACUAGACCAGGAUAUCCAAGCAUCAUCAGUAACUGUAAGAUGGGCCAAACCUGGUUAUGAUGGUGGAAGUCCUGUUAUUGAUUACAAAGUACAAAUAAACACAAACCCACCACAAGAACACAACACAUCAAAUACCGAGCAUGAGUUGACUGGUCUGACUAAGAAUACAAGGUAUGAAGUCAGAGUCUACACAAGGAAUGCUGUUGGUUAUGGAAAUGCAUCAAACCUCAUCUUUACCACAAAGAAAAGAGGUCCAUCACCAUUGCCCAGUUUUCGUCUUAUCAAAAGUACAACGACAAUAACUUUAUUAUGGACAAAACCAGACGAUAAUGGCGGUGAACUUAAAAAUUAUACCAUCUAUCAGAAACAAGGUGUAGAAAAACGCUGGGCAAGCAUACAUGUCGUCCGUGACUUGACCAACUUGACGUAUGUUAUACACGUGAAGGGUCUGGAGCCUGGUCAGACGUACAGGUUUAUUGUCACGGCAACGAACGAGUAUGGAGAAAGUGAAGUAGGAGAUGAUAAUGGUAAAAAAGCGUAUAUUUCACCAAUGCCUUCAACUCCGUCACCUACCACAGAACCUGGUCCAAAUAGAGAUGAACGUAAAGGUUAUGGAGAUAACAAGGGCAGUCCUGUUGUGAUAGCUGGCGCUGUUGGUGCUGCACAAACUAAGAAAAGAAAAGAAAAUUCAGUGGAUGUGCAAAUAGAACAUUCCUUAUGCAAUACCCUGACUGUUUCUGGGUUUUUUUUAAUCACAGGUUCAACGAAGAGCACAAGAAGCGAUAGAGCCUCAUAUCAUAAUGAUAUCGACCCUGACAGUGUAACCCAACAAGGAGCUGCUGCUAGUCUUGGUGGUGUAGAUGAUGGCAUACCAACGUAUGCAGCAGUAGAUGUGUCUAAGAAAAAGAAGAAGAAGGAAGCACAAAAUGAAAUAGCAGACUAUGCUGUUGUUGACAAGAGCAAAAAGAAGCGUCCUGGAGAAAUUAUCUAUGCAGAACUUGCUGACUUCAACUCCCCCGGUGAAGCAGCAGAAGCACCUCGUCCAAUAACAUACACUGGAACUGACUAUGCUGACAUCACACAGUUCCAGAAACAGGACGAACCGGAACCUACUUACGCCAACUUCCAACCAUCAAAAAAUUUCACUAACAUCCAGGGCAUGUAACUACCAUGCUAUUUAAGAAAGCCAUCUGAAAUCAUUGGAAAGAUGUCUGUUAGUUGAAUGAACCUAAACCUCAUUGGUUCUCUCGUAUCCUACAUUCUGUAGCUGCUUAUUAAUUAGUUUGAUAUUUUGUUUGAUAUGUAUUAACUUUCAUUUGAAUUAGACAUUUCACUGAAAUUUUCAUAAUUAUGCGAACUCUGUCUGCGAGCUGCACGGUACCUUUCAUAUUUGGCGGCAGCGAAAACCAAAUUUCAACGUGCAACUUGGAGACACAAAGUUCGCAUAUUUGUGGAAAUUGCAGUAAUGAGUAGCAUUGCUCAACAUAUUGCAAUAAAACCUUUUCGAGUUCCAAAUUACCGCUGUGUUUCUUGAUUACAGACUCAUUUACAGGCUAACGAGUCUGUAAUCAAGAAACAUAGCGGUAAUAGGGCAUUUGCAUUAUGGCGUCAUUUUACUACCACUACCAAAAUGCUUCGUGAAUUUUCUUUCUUAUUCAAAUUUGUAGUUCCUCAUGGGAAUAGUGAGACAAUUGGUGGUAAUUAACAGAACAAAAGACAGUGUGCAAUGGAGUCUGGUAGUGGUAGUAAAUGACGCCAUAAUGCAAAUGGUAUAUUUGGAACUCGAAACUGGACUAUUAUGUUUCGUAAGAUAAUUACCGUCACAGUUCUUUUAGCCGAAAACUAGAGCGUAGUAAUUGCUAAUUAUGACUCUUUGUUUUACAACUUUGCUAAGAGGUUUGUUUUCUAUUGUUUUUGUUUUUUUUUGUUUUUUUUGUAAAAAUAGAUAUUCCGUUGAUAUAUAUUUAUUAUGAAUUGCAAUGCAAUAUAAUUAUUUUUUCCAAAUUGCUACUUUCAAUUGAAUAAACUAGAUUUGUAUUAAGCGUUUAUAAAUGCUACAAAAGUUUAAUUUAUAGUGAAAAUAACAGCUUUAUAGUUUUUUUUACAAGAUCUGAAUAAAAAAAUGAAAAAAAAUAGAUAAAUAAAUAAACAAUUUCCUCGCUUUCUAGAGAGCUGCCAAAAUGACAAAAAGCACUUGACGUCGUAGCCGCCAUUUUUUGGUUGAUUAUAACGAUAGCCAUGUCUCAAUUAGGUUAUUUCAUUCCACAGAUUAUGACUACGAUUUACUAAUUUCACACGAAAAGAGAGGAUUUAUAACUCAGAGUAUCAAAUGAAAAUAGAGUAUUUUAUAUUUCGAAAUAUAGAUACAAGUAUGCUUUAUAAUUCACCCAAUUGACUAGAAUAUUUUCGAAUAUUGAGAGAAUAUAUUUUUGAAGUAUAAAAAAAAAAUUAUACGCAUAACUAUGCUUGCAAUAAUUGUAGUUUAUCCACGUCUUUAUAUCGUUGUCAUGUUUCAAAGCAGUUGUAAAAGUUUUCUUUCUAAACAGGAAUAUGCCAAGAUCAAUCGGGCAUUUUAACUUUCAAAAGAAUCGAACCACCAACCCCUGCACUUCUGGCACAAGACUUAGCAAUCGCUCUCACUAACUCUAACUUUCAGAUAGGAAUUAAGUGGCAACAAUAGCAGGUUAUAUUUCAGGAACGAAAACAUAGUUUUUUAGCUUAGUAAAUUUGUAUAGGAAAUCGCACGACUUCGAGUACAAUUCGGAAUUUAUAGGUACGAGUGAUAUAUUGAAAGUUAAGAAAACUCAACAACUCAAUUCGGACUCUACAGAGUACAAUUUGCGAUUCAAUUGUACUCCUCUUGUAAAAUCAUAUUCCAGUCACUUUGUAGAGCGUAUUAUCAAUAAAUAAACAAUAUUCUGUGUUUUCUCAGUACCUUUUAAACAGUAAUGAAAUGUCACUGAUUUUCGUUAAAACAUUAACGUGCUAAAUAAGAAAACCUUGAAGUAAUACAAGUACGAGACCUUCUACCUUGCCAUUCCACUGACUACCAUAAGCCUAGAAGCAACCAUGACUUACAUAUUUCCAAAACUUCUCAAUAUCUGACCAAGAAAAUUUGCUGAUUUAAAAA